CGAGACGGGCGCGAAAUGGAGGCGGCGCCGGAUCUGAGCGCCGUGUCGGCGCUGACGCUGCAGGUGGACCUGCUGCAGCUGCCGCCGGAGAUCCCGGCCCCGGGCGCCCCCGCGCUGCGCGGCGUCCUCGACCGCCUCUUCACGCACUGGCUCUCGCUCCCCGACACCGUCGCGCUCGUCGGAUGCCUGGCGCAGAAGGCCAAGACCAGCGGCGGCCUCGCGGGGUGCGGGAUGCUGCCGUCCAUGAUGAUGCAGGGCGGCGCCAACGUGCCGCCGCUCUCGCCCAGGUCGCCGCGCCUCGCCAGGAGGCCCAGCGGGGUGGGGGGCGGACAUUCCCACCGUUCUGCGUCACCGCUCAGGCCGUCCACCGCCCGCGCCGCCAAGGAGAUCAUUCCGCAGUUCUACUUCCGGGAAGGCCGCCCGCCGCCAUAUGAGCAGAAAAGGCAAUGCAUAUCCGGAGUCGAGCAGCUAUUCACCGGGCACUCCAAUGGUCUUCGGAUUCAAGAAUUUCGGAUGGUUACCAGGGAGCUCUGCAAAAUACCGUCCUUCUUUACCACAGUUCUUUUCGCAAAGAUCGAUAAGGAUAACACUGGAUUUGUCACAAGGGAAGCCUUUAUGGAUUUCUGGGUGAAUAGCAAUAUGAUGAAUAUGGACACUGAAACCCAAGUAUUUACGAUUUUGAAGCAACAUAAUCAUGAUUACCUCACAAAGGAAGACUUCAAACCACUUCUUCGAGACCUAUUGGACAACCAUCCUGGGCUGGAGUUCUUGAAGAGCACGCCGGAAUUUCAGGAAAGAUAUGCUGAGACUGUCGUAUAUAGGAUAUUUUAUUGCUUGAGUCGAAUUGGAAGUGGCCUUCUCACUCUUAGGGAGCUCAAGCGUGGAAAUCUGCUUGAUGCGUUGCGGCAUGCUGAUGAUGAAGAGGAUAUCAAUAAAGUUUUAAGGUAUUUCUCGUAUGAACAUUUUUACGUCAUAUACUGCAAAUUCUGGGAGCUUGACACGGACCACGAUUUCUUUAUCGAUAAAGAAAAUCUUAUCAAGUACGGAAACCAUGCGUUGACAUAUAGGAUUGUAGAUAGAAUUUUCUCAGAGGUUCCUAGGAAAUUUACAAGCAAAGUUGCCGGAAAAAUGUGUUAUGAAGAUUUUGUUCAUUUUAUUUUGUCGGAGGAGGACAAAUCAUCAGUACCGAGCCAAGAUUAUUGGUUUAAAUGUAUAGAUUUGGAUGGCAACAACAUACUCACACACAAUGAACUACAAUACUUUUUUGAGGAGCAACUUCAUCGCAUGGAAUGCAUGGCCCAGGAACCUGUACUAUUUGAGGACAUCUUGUGUCAACUAGUUGAUAUGAUUGGACCUGAGGAUGACACCUUUUUUACAAUAAAAGACUACCGGAGGUGCAAAUUAUCUGGCCAUUUCUUCAAUGUUCUCUUCAACCUCAACAAGUUUAUGGCUUUCGAAUCUAGAGAUCCCUUUCUCAUCCGCCAAAUGCGUGAAGAGCCAUCCUUGACUGACUGGGAUCGUUUCGCUCGGAGAGAAUAUAUAAGAUUGGCGAUGGAAGAAGAUGGUGAAGAUGCUUCAAAUGCAAGCGGAGAUGUGUGGGAUGAGUCGCUUGAGUCUCCUUUCUAAAUUGAAGAGGCUAAGGAGUGUGGCAACACCAAACAGAGCAUUAACAUACCUCCCUAAUAAUAUUGAAAUGAAAUGGGUUAUGGUGAAGUAUUGAGCAACUAUUUGAUAUCUUGUCUCUACAGAAACUACAGCUAAGGCAGUUGUGCUUUUUUUGUCAUCAUCUAAGAUUUGGCGUAGUUUGCUGAGGAGUGCUAAUCCAAGUCUAGAAACAGAUAUACUUCCAUCCAGUUUGCUGCAGAGUGUCAGUUUUGAUUCGUGACAGUGAAUUUCAAGGGGAGCUGCUUUCAUGUUCCCAUGGGCUUGGCCAUGUAUUUGCUUCGGUAAUUUGCUCAAGUGUUAUUCAUGGAAGCAAACUGUUGUAGGGCACCUUGUGAUUAAUCUGAAGCCCUGGCAAACAAGGAAAUGCAUGUUUUCAGAUAGACGAUGCAAUCACCAUAUAUGUUCGGAUUGUGCAUUGGCUCUGGCUGGAACCACAACUUACCUCUAUACAGUGUUAGUCAGACAUAUGUUAUCUUUUUUCAAUAAGGUCGCCCUCAUCAAGAAGACCUUCACUCUUGUAUAUCUACGCUUAGUUUGUAGUUACAUGAACAAAUGAGUUGUACUGCACAGUUUUGUUUUCAAUCUUUGAAACAUAUAUUGCACAGGAUUUAUUUGUUAUUUUUGUAAUACGUAAUUUCUUAAGGUUUGAACUUGCCAGACCAGUACUGUAUGUAUACUGGCAUUGGAUCUUGAUACCGAGAGCAUAUAUACAAUCAAGGGAUAAUGUGAACAUUUUUUUGCCGA